UAACGGGCCGCUGGUUGAGUCAGAGCGUUCCGAUUCAUUUAGCGAGUCGAUUAAUUCUGGCGAUUCGAUUCGUUCAACGAUUCUCAUGAAAAGCGCGGAGAGCGAACCGCUCAAAGGAACCGGCUCAAAAACCGACUCAUUCGCGAUGUGGACAUCACUAGCGGCUUUUUGUUAACCAACCUUAUUCACGGCGUGGCUGAGCCGCGGCUUCGGAUAAAACGCUCGUUAUUUGCUUUUGCGCGUCGCGGACAGACCUGUUCUUUUGUGAAUAUGACCUCCUCACGCCGAGCGCUUUUGUGCGUAUGAUGUUCUGAAUCUCUUUUUUUCCCCAUUUACUCGUUUUUUAUACUCUACAUACAUGUGGACAUAUCGAGGGAUUAUUCGACAUGAGAUGAAACCGGGAGGCGAUGUUAUGUAAACCGGAUGAGGACGCGCAUUUUGAUACAUCAAGAAUAUUACCUGUGGAAAAUCCAAUGCGCAGAAUAAGAGGCGAACAGACAUAUGCGUUUUACUUGACACAUUGAGCAUUUUUUCAUGGUAAUCUGCUUGUAUUUAUAAUACAAUAACUGUUGCACCCUAUUAAGUCAUGCUGACUCAUAUAUUUAGGUAUGAGUGGAUGCUUUUGACCGGACUGUGAAGGAAAUCUUAUAGUCAAUAUUAAUACGUGUAAUAUACAGCAAUUUCCUAUCGAAGCAGGUGGCGGUAGAAAACCUUCAACACAUUUUUAUUCUUUCUUCAACCUAUUUUGUGUUAAGGUCGCCACCUGUUUGUUUAGGUUAAUUUGAACAUUAGUAGUGAUAGUUUAUUAGUCUUUCCCCUAAAAACAGGAUAGACAGGAUACUUGAAAGCCAAUAAUCAGCUUACAGCUUCCAAGUUUACAGCUGCUUGGCACACAUCUCUUGUGUAUUACCAUUGCUAUUUAAGCCCCCUAAGUGGCUGACAUCAUUAGUGUAUCGCGUCUAGCACACCGCAUAGAAAUAACAUGGAUGAUGGACCCUCCAACAAUGGCAUGGAGGUCAUGCCAGGGUAUCUGGAGCUGGUCACCAGAGCAUGUACAGUUGUGUCCAGUGCCUUCAGAGACUGUAAAGAUUGCGGGCUGGAGAUGUCCACAAGAACCUUGCUGGACCAUGCACACAUCACCUGCAAGGAGAUCUUCUUGUUCUUCGCGUGCAUGGUCAUGUGGACGCAGAUGCGAAAGGGGCUGACCACCUUUGUCUUUCAGCCUUUUGCACGAUGGUGUCACGUUCAGCCCAGAGAUGUUUUGAAGAUGCCGGAGAGCGCGUGGAAGCUGGUCUUCUACUCAAUGUCGUGGUCCUACAGCACUUAUCUGCUUUUUUUCACAAGCUACUCUUUCUUUCAAAAUCCUCCCUCUGUAUUUUACGGCUGGAGAAGCGGGAUGGACGUCCCUGUGGACAUCGCCAUAGCUUACCUGGUCCAGGGUAGCUUCUACGGCCACUCCAUAUAUGCCACCAUCUACAUGGACGCAUGGAGGAAGGACUCGUUGGUCAUGGUGGUCCAUCACUUUAUCACGAUGGCGUUGAUCACCUUCUCCUAUGCCUUCAGAUAUCACAACAUUGGCAUUCUGGUUCUCUUUCUGCACGAUAUCAAUGAUAUACAGUUGGAGUUCACCAAAGUCAACGUCUACUUCAAAACCCGGGGCGGGAAAGAGCAUCUUAUCAAUGACAUCCUGUCCAACAUAGGUGUAGUUAGCUUUAGCAUCACCUGGUUUUGGUUUCGCUUGUACUGGUUCCCUCUGAAAGUGAUGUGGGCAUCGUGUGUCACCAGCAUCCAGACAGUUCCCAACAUCCCAUUCUACUUCUUCUUCAACACCCUGCUGUUUCUCCUGCUCCUUAUGAACAUCUACUGGUUCCUGUUCAUCAUUCUGUUCGUGGUGAAGGUCAUCACGGGUCAGAUGAAGGAAGUGAAUGACGUCCGGGAGUACGAGGAGGAUGAGAAACAAGAAAGAGGGUCUGCAGAAGAUCAGACAUCUGUUGAUGGGAAACAAGUGAAAAACGGCAUCUCCAAGAAACAUCAAUAACGUCUCAGUGCUGCCACCUGCAGGCAGUGAAUGGUAAACACAAGAAACUCACGCAACCUAACUUGAUUUUGACCUUAAAGGUGCUCGAACGCAGAGAACCAAGACGUUUCUUUAUUUUAAUCAAUGUUAUUUUAAUUGUAAUAGCACUGUGAAUGUUAUUUGGUUGGUGUUUUUUGUGUUAUAUAUUGCUUUGACAAUGUGUAAAGCUGAAGUGUGUAAUUUCUUAGGCAGUAGCAUCCAUAAACACAAUUGCGAACAGAUAUAGUCCCGCUCCAUUGGUAGAGCCAAUGUCGAAAUGGUACAAUCAAUGCAUGUUGAUCUGAAAUAUUACAAUAUUAAAAUAUGAGACACACUUCAGCUUCAAGUUAAACAAUCUGUCAUCUUUAGUUUGUUAGAAACCAAGAUAUCCAACAGUAACAUUUCCAUAUUUUCACUUCUUAGAGACUGAAAAUAUCCAGGUUUUGUGGUCUUCACCUGGGACCAGCGUAUGUGUUUUUAUGUAUUUAUUUUAAUUCCAGGUAUAAAGGGAAGGGUUUGGUUUGUACCCUGUUAUAAUGAAUACUGGACCGUAGUUUAGCAGGGUCGUAUGAUAAUCCACAGGUUACCGCAUGCAGGUUACAACCGCCCUCUCAAUCAAACCUGCAUUUUUACAGUAUUAUUGUGUUUGAAUGUACGCGAUUUAAAGGGAAUAAUUUUUUACGUGUGGAUUACAGUAACCGAAAAAACACUCUUGCAUUCCUUCUGUAGAAAACCUGUCUGUUUUUGUCAUAAUAAUCUGUUUUGAGUUUGCUAGCUACUGAAUUCCUGAACGAAAAAGAGAAAAUCGUUCGCAUUGUAAUUUAAGUCGCAUUGAGAACUUUGUUGAUCGCAAAAAUGGAUUCUGCUUUUUUUACACAAAUGAAUUCAAUCUGAAGUAUUUAUGCAAAUGCUGUAUUCAGGACUGCAUGACAUGAGAGUACUAACCUACUACAAAAACAAAUGAUACUAAUAUUGUCUGUUAACCCUUAUUGAUCACUCCGAAACAUUUGCAUUGUGUACUUGAAGUGUUGAUUCGCCUGCUGUAUCAAAUGAAUCCAUCUGUUGUGAUCAUGUCUUCCAUACUGUAGGCCAGCUUGACAGUUUUGUUUUGUUUGGGGGUUUAAGCAUUAGGCAUUGUAAAUCACGGCUGUUUUAACGAAAGCCUUGUUUAUGUUAAUUUAAGCAGUUGUCUACGGUGGUACUGUUGAACGAGUGUAGACAGCUUAUCUCAGGUCUGGAUUCUUCUUACUUUUGUCAAAUCACUGGAAAACAACUUACCGGUAAUGCAGUCGUGGGCUGGAUGGUUAACCCUUUUGUUUUUAAAUCCUACAUGCUAAAGGGAUGCACCGAUACAGACAUACGAUGCUUGUUUUAAAUUAUCAUGUUGUGUAAUCCUAAAAGUGCAGAUCGUACAAAAUCUAAAUCUGUAAUAGCUCGGUUUCUAUUUGCCCGAUUUUAUGUGCAUUUUGAAGUAUCGUAUAAGAAACAAAUGACGGAAAUGCAAGUUUCGAAUAAAAAUCACUUAAUUCGCAAAUAAGUUUUUACGCUCACUUGAGUUUGGUUUUGAAAAAAACCUUAAACGCGAAUAAUAGGAGAUGUAUUUGCCGAAUAAAUUCUGAAGUAGCGCACAUUAAACCCAUGAGAUUGACCUUCUAGCCAUUUCCGCUGUUGUUGUCUUUUCCAUAUAUGGGCCUUGACAUCAUCGCAAUGCCCUUGCUGCUAGUGCCUGCAUCAAAAAUGCUGCAUUCCUUCUUCUGUGCACAGCAUUCAAUUCGGCAAUUACAAGCUGCACUGCUAGUAAAUUUAAAACUAGCCCAAUCAUAACUAAAUGCAGUCCUGUCUCCAUAUUCUAUAGAAAAUGUGCCUUGUUUUAUUUGUUUCCAUCUUCCAUCCGCUCGAACAACUUGAUGAAAACGCACCUAAUUCACAUUUCUUUUUUUGCGAAUUUUGAAAGAUUUGCUUCACGUUUGGAUGGAAACCCCACUAUUGUGACAAAAUUAGCUUAUUGUCAUUGCGCAUCUCGUCAGUAAAGCCGGUUUCGUGAUUAGAAGUAUAUCUCCAUCAGCUGCUUUCAGAUGGAGCGGCAUUUACUACACAAAGCUGUAAUUUACUUACAAUCAGGGCAAUUUCGCAUUAAUUAUCGCGGAUGCAUCGCCUGCGAUAUGUAUGCGAUAUGGCCCAGCUGUUAGUGGACUUUGUGUAAUAAAUGUCGCUCCAUCUGAAAGCAGCUGUGUUUUUCUGCCCCUUUAGAUUGAUCAGGGAAGAUUAUAUCCUGGCAUCGGCUGUUUUUAAACAAUCAGACAAUGUCCGCUAGGGGAUUUUAAAAAAAAUCUGCCGAUACCGAUUACAAUCGGGGCAACUUUGCAUUAAUUAUCGGGGAUGUAUCACCUGCGAUAUGUAUGCGAUAUGGGCCAGCUUGUCAGUGAACUACGGCUUUGUGUAGUAAAUGCCGCUCCAUCUGAAAGCAGCUGAUGGGGAUGUUCUGAUGUGUUUUUCUGCCCCUUUAGAUUGAUCAGGGAAGAUUAUAUCCUGGCAUCGGCUGUUUUUAAACAAUCAGACAACGUUUGCUAGGGGAAUUUUUUUUAAAUCUGCCGAUAGCGAUUAUAGGCCGAUAUAUCGGUGCAUCCCUAGUUUUAACACAUGGUUGGGUCAAACAUGGACAAACCCAACAGUUGGGUGAUAAAUACCCCUAUGGUGAGUUUUUUAAUCCAUGGUUAGGUAACAACAACCCAACAUAGGUGUGUUUAUAACCCAAUGCUUGGGUUUGUCCGUAUUUGACCCGGUUAUGGGUUAAUCAACCAAAAUUCCUUGCAGCAAAUGCACUAUAAUUGAAACAAUUUUGUUAUUGAGAUAUUCUUUAACAAUGUGUUAACGGUCUAGGAACGUGCCAAAAAUGAAACCAUUGGUGAGUGUUAUGACAAAGUAACUUGGGGUCUGAAGUGUCCAGAGAAAUUGCUUUGGGUAUACGGUUAUAAAUCUGGGCUUAUUCCAAUGCUAUUUAAAAUGCACUGUAAUUUCGUACUAUUAUUUCUAUUGUAUAAAAGAAGUAAUAACUGGGGAUUUCUACAAAUCACCAUGAACAAAGUUAUUAGAUGCUUGUUUUAUUUAAAUCUUGGACCAUUUAACGAUUUGUUUUCUUUGAUUUUGUCUGAUGCCGAACGCGUGUCAGGUCUGAUCGGUUUUGUAAAGGAAUAAUUUGUCUUAUUCCAAUUGAACUAGAAGCUGUUUUUCCAUUCAAAUAAAAUAGGUUGAAAAGAAAA